AUGUGGCGAAGGUGCUUCAGUAGCAAUAGCAGCUCCGGCGCCUCUGCAGCGGCGUUGAAGGAUAAGAAAUGGGACGCAGUGGUCAUCGGAGGCGGUCACAACGGGCUCACCGCGGCCGCGUACCUCGCUCGCUCUGGCCUCUCCGUCGCAGUCCUUGAGCGCCGCCACUUGAUCGGCGGCGCUGCUGUUACCGAGGAACUCGUACCAGGCUUCAAGUUCUCCCGGUGCAGCUAUCUCCAGAGCCUCCUCCGCCCUUCCGUCAUCCAGGAAUUAGAGCUAGCGCGACACGGAUUGAAGCUGCUGAAGAGGAAUCCGUCAUCGUUUACGCCUUGUUUGGAUGGACGCUAUCUUCUCUUAGGUCCGGAUAAAGACCUUAACCAUUCUGAAAUUUCGAAGUUCUCUAAACGAGACGCUGAUGCUUAUCCAAGGUAUGAGAAUCAGCUGGAGAACUUCUGCAAAUUCAUGGAUCCACUUUUAGAUUCUCCACCACCUGAAUCUUUGCAACACGACUCAUCUUUCAAUGAGCGCUUUAAAGAUAGGAUACAGAAAUCAGUUUUCUGGUCUCGUAUCCUGCGACAGGGACUGUCCUUGGGCCAAAAGGAUAUGGUGGACUUUAUGGACCUAUUAUUAUCCCCUGCUGCAAAGAUUUUAAAUAAUUGGUUUGAGACAGAUGUUUUGAAGGCAACACUUGCAACAGAUGCUGUAAUAGGUACUACGGGGAGCGUCCAUACACCUGGGAGUGGAUAUGUUCUGCUACAUCAUGUGAUGGGAGAAACAGAUGGUUAUCGUGGAGUUUGGUCGUAUGUCGAAGGUGGGAUGGGGUCAGUUUCCAUGGCUGUUGGUAAUGCUGCUAAGGAAGCUGGGGCUCACAUCAUAACAAGUGCAGAGGUUGAACAACUAUUGGUUGUUGAAGACUCAGGCAGAGUGAACGGGGUCUUGCUGGCUGAUGGUACACGAGUACACUCUUCAGUUGUCUUAUCAAAUGCAACCCCGUAUAAAACUUUCAAGGAGUUGGCGCCUAGUAAUGUUCUUCCUGACAAUUUUCUCCGUGCCAUUGAGUAUUCUGAUUAUAGCUCUGGAACUACAAAAAUAAAUGUAGCAGUUGAUAAACUGCCCCAGUUCGAAAGCUGCAAGUCAAGUCAUCGUGAUGCAGGUCCUCAGCAUAUGGGUACAAUUCAUAUUGGUUCUGAGAGAAUGGAGGAGAUUGACUCAGCCUGUCAAGAUGCUGUCAAUGGAUUACCAUCAAAAAGACCAGUUAUUGAGAUGACAAUUCCUUCGGCACUCGACAAGACCAUAUCUCCACCUGGCAAACAUGUGAUCAACUUGUUUGUUCAAUAUACACCAUAUAAACCAUCGGAUGGCGACUGGACGGAUUCUGUUUAUAGGGAGUCAUUUGCACAAAGAUGUUUUAGCUUAAUUGAUGAAUAUGCCCCUGGCUUCAGCUCGUCAGUCAUUGGUUAUGACAUGUUGACUCCACCAGACCUAGAAAGGGAAAUCGGUCUCACAGGAGGGAAUAUCUUCCAUGGUGCAAUGGGGUUGGAUUCUCUCUUCCUCAUGCGACCUGUAAAAGGAUGGUCAAAUUAUAGGACUCCAUUGCCUGGGCUCUACCUAUGUGGUAGUGGGGCCCAUCCUGGGGGUGGCGUGAUGGGUGCGCCCGGACGUAAUGCCGCAAAAGUGGUCCUUCAAGAUGUGAAGAAACAAUAAGGAUGAUGGACUCUAAUUUUUUGACAUCUAAUUGAUGUUGGAAUAUUCACCCAAAAAAAAUUUGAUGUUGGAAUUUCAAGAACAUUAGCUGUUUCAAAAACCAUAAUGUACUCUUGAAGAUAAGACCUACACUUCAAUAGGAAUGAUAGGGGAUAUGAAGUGAACAUGGGUUAUUCG